AUGAUAAUAGCACACGAUGAACUAUCACCAUCAUUAAUGUUGAAUGAAGUUCAACUUUCAAAUACAGAGGUACUUUAUCUUGCUGAACGUUUGCAAAUCAAAGAGCACAUGAAUCGUGAAGAUACAUUUAACACCAUUGUCGAAUUGGAACAUUUUUACACACUUCUCAAAAACAAUAAUAAAGGAAUGGGUGCACCAUCGCCAAUGGUUGACAAAGCAUGGCAUCAUCAUAUCCUAAACACAAAAAUGUACAAUGCCUUCUCACGUCAGCAUUUUGGUAUAGAAAUUCUUCAUCAUGUUCCUUUCUGGUCUGGUAACAUAGCAGAUAUGGAGGAAAUGUGGGGUGUUGAUGGUGAACCUGCUCCAUUAGAAGCGUACAAUGCCCUAGUGGGUAUGCUCGGUAUUGAAAAUGUGAAUAAAACAGUAUGGCUUAUGAAUGAAGAUGAACUCAAUCGUUUUCUGUGA